AUGCCUCAUCCCUUAAUUAAUAGGGAGAUUUCCAGUCACUUGACUUUUUAUUCACCUCCGCAUGCAGGUUUUCGGGGACGCAGAGGUAAGAACAUUCAUUCUACCAUAGCUGUUCUCUGCAAAAUCCCAACUGGGCCAUCUCCUUUCCUUCGCUUCAGUCUCUGUUGGGUGUCAAAUACAACCAUUAUGCUUCUUUUCCAACCGUCAACAAUGGACGCUAAGCUCUCCAGAGCUUCUAUUCCGGCUACUUCAGCCCCCGGCGCUUUAAAAUCCUCAAUGCUCGAUUUGCAAUGCGCGAAUCAGAUAAACUGUAAACCCACUUACGAGAAAUCGGGUUUUGUGAGAAAUGGGUAUCGUCCUCUUCAAGCUUCACUGAUUUCUCCUAUCAGAUUUACAAGGAAAAAAAAGGUGGAUGAAAGUGACACAUUGACCCUAGAAAGUAUAAGACACUCAUUAAUCAGACAAGAUGAUAGCAUAAUAUUUAGUCUUAUGGAGAGGGCUCAAUAUUGUUAUAAUGAAGAAACAUAUGACCAUAAUGCGUUCUCCAUGGACAGGUUUCGUGGCUCUUUGGUUGAGUUCAUAGUCAAGGAAACUGAAACUCUAAGUGCCAAGUUGGGCAGAUACAAGAGUCCAGAUGAGCACCCUUUCUUUCUGCUUGACCUACCUGAACCAAUGCUUCCAACUUUGCAAUUCCCGCAGGUUUUGCAUCCAUGUGCUGAUAGAAUCAAUCUAAACAAUAAGGUUUGGAAUGUGUAUUUUAGAGAUCUUCUUCCAAGACUGGUUAAAGCUGGAAAUGAUAAUAAUUGCGGAUCAGCUGCUGUUUGCGACACAAUUUGCUUGCAGGCACUUUCAAAGAGAAUUCAUUAUGGUAAAUUUGUAGCAGAGGCAAAGUUUCGAGAGUCCCCAGCCAUCUACGACGCUGCCAUUAAAGUGCAAGACAGGGCUCAACUGAUGGCCCUACUGACUUAUGAAACUGUUGAAGAAGCUGUCAAGAAGAGAGUAGAGAUGAAAGCAAAAACAUAUGGCCAGGAGGUCAGUAGAGACCAAGAGGACGAUAAUGAUGCAACUGGUCCUGUGUACAAAAUCAAACCUAGUUUAGUUGCCAAUCUAUAUGAAGAGUGGAUCACGCCCCUGACAAAGGAAGUUCAGGUUGAAUACUUAUUGAGAAGGUUGGAUUAAAUAAGUAAUUCGCAGUUUGAUCGUAUCUGCCUGAUUUCAGAUUGUCGAACUCAUCGUUCAUGAGUGUUAAUCCAUAAAAUUACAGCCUCUUUUUUCCCUUUUUUUCAAAUGGGAAAGUUCUAGCCUAAAA